AUGGAUUGUAAUAAAAGAAAAAAAAAUGAUACAGAGAACAAUAACACCAGUAAUAAUAAUAUUAAUAACAAUAAUAAUAAUAAUAGUAGCUUAAUAUUAGAAUCAUAUAAAAAACAUAAAAGUACUGAUAGUUCAGAAUUUGAUUGUAAUAAUACAUCAUCGAAUGCACCGAGUUUGGUUUUUACAUCAAAUAAAGAUACUAAUAGCGGUGAAACUGCAUUCUGGAAGAUAUUUAGAAAUAAAAUUUUAUUCAAAUUAAUAUUUUCAAAUUUCAAAUUCAAAGAGUUAUUCAACUAUGAUGAUUUAAUUGGUUCACGUUAUAUUUUUAAAAAUUUUAGUAAUGGAGAUGCUAUUAUUAGAGAUAAAUUUAAAAGUGGAAAUUAUGAAUUUGAAGAUUAUAGAGAUGUAGAAUUGAUCAUUUCCAAAAUCACCAAAGAUACCAAAGAGAACAGAGAAUUCUAUAGACAACUAUUUUCAUCAAAACAAUACCACAACGCAUAUGAUGAUAACCAUAGUUUAAGAAACUAUUCAUUCUGGGUACAAUUAUUUGCAAAUGAAAGCAAUAGAACCGCAUUUCUCGAAUACAAUAAACUUUUUCAAAUAGAUAAAAGAAAUAUUUCAGUAAAAUUAAUUAAAAGUAUCGGUAUUGGCAAUAAGAACUUAAAGCUUUUAAAGAUGGAACCUUUUUUAGAAUCAAACGGAGUCACAGUUACUGAAUCGUUAUCAAUAUAUGAUAUUAUUGGAUAUUUUGAAUAUUCACAAAAAUUCAAAGAGCUCAUAAAAAUUUACAAGUUUAUUAUCGCUGAAAACUACAGACCAAAAGAAAAACACAACGAUAUAGUACAACAACUAAAUCACCAAUUAGAAAUAAAUCAAUUUAAUACUAUACAAUUAAAAUCAACUAUUGAGAAAAUAUCGCAAUCAAAUGAUCAAUAUUUAAAACCAAUAAUCCACAACAUACUCAAAGUACUAUAUUCAAUUUAUAAAUUAAAAUUCAAUGAAUCAAAUCUAUUUAAACCAAUUGAAUACUAUAUAUUCUUUAAAGAAAAGUCUAGAUUCGAACAAGUUUUUACAAAUAGAAAAAUGGAUAAAAACUCAACAAAAGACACUAAAUACCUACACUAUAAAGAUCUAUUCACAGUUAUAAAUAGCGACCGUUGCAUUGAAUAUCAAAAAAACCUAAUUAAAUCAGGUGAUUUCAAAAGGGUUUAUUUUGAAGAGGCCAUUUUUUCAAGCAAUAAUUUAGAACUAAUCGAUCUUAUGUUCAAGCAUUUCGGAAACUCAUGUUAUUCCUAUGGCUAUCAAACUAUGAUUAAAAAAACCGAGGUAUUAGACUACUUUUUCAAUAAUCAUCAAGAAUUAAUGUUUGGUGACAAUAGUCGACUUUGGAUGUACAUCGACAACAAGGUUAUAGGCCAUUUCGAAGAAUUAAUAAAGAGUAUUUCAAGAAAGUUUUUAAUUAGAUUGAACCCAAGAGACAUGGGAUAUCCACCAAAUAUAGAUGUUUUCGAAAGAUUAGAAAGAGCACUCAACAAUCCAACACUUUAUACAUUUGGAAGCAAUAAAAAAUAUCCCACAAACUCUAUUAAUAGAUAUAAAUCGUAUUUUUUGGAACAUUUUGAUUAUCCUACACAGGAUUCCGCAAUAUCAAUGUUAGAAAAGCAUAUAGAAAAAUAUGGCAUUUCAGAAUACUUUGAUAUCGAACCAAUUUUAAAAAAAGCAGAAUUCCAUUACUCCCAUAAAUUCAUAUACUGGAUCUUUCAAGACCUUUCAGAUCAAUACAUUGAAUCAAACAUAUCAAAUGAAGAGUUAACAAUUAAAUCAGGUAUAAAUACAACAAAUAAUCAAAAGUAUGAAAUUAAAAUCAAACGCUUUACUAAUUGGGAACUGCUUUUAUUCUAUUGUGGUCGUCCAAAUAUUUUAUAUCAAAAUUUAAAUUUAAAUUCACAGCUAGUGGAUCAUUCAUUACAGUUUCUUUUUUUUAAUUACAUACUUAAAGUCAAUUUAUUUUUAAAUUUACUCGACUAUUUUUCAAAAUCAGAUUUUCAAAAUGUAAUUUUUAACAAAUUAUUAGAAAGAGCAGCCAAUAAAGGUUUAGUUUCAAUUUUCAAAACCAUUUCAACCAAAUACGAGUAUUUAUAUUACGAGAAAAGCAAUGUAACUGGUCUUUCAAUAAUAAACAAUGAGCAUUUUUAUAGACUCAAAUUGGCCGCCAGUGGUUUUGUCGGUGACCUCAGAUUUUUAUCUAAAUACACAAAUAUUUUUAAACAACCUUAA